GGCAAGAAGAUCGAUCGCACCCUGCACCUGCUUUUUGUCGCCACUUCCGGAGAUGCCGCCUCGGUUUCCUAUCCUCGCAACUUGAUCGUCGCCGAGCAGAGCGCGGAGCUGACGGUGGUCGAGAGCUAUGCCGGCUUUACCGGCGAUAAAUACCUCACUUGCCCGGUCACGGAAAUCAUUGGCGGCGCCAACUCGGUGGUAGACCAUUACCGGCUCGGCGAGGAAAGCAACGAUGCCUACCAUCUGGCGACGUUGAAGAUCCAUCUCGAAAGAGACGCCAACUUCUUCACCCACUCGGUGAACCAUGGCGGCGCCAUCGUGCGUAACGACAUUCAAGCCUACUUGGGCGGUGAAGGCAUCCAUUGCACCCUCAACGGUCUCUACCUCGGCCGAGGCAAACAAUUGGUCGACCACCACAUGUGGGUGGAUCACGCUAUGCCCAAUUGUCACAGCUACGAGCUCUUCAAGGGCAUCCUGGAAGACUCGUCACGAGCUGUUUUCAACGGCCGAAUCAAGGUCCAUGAAGACGCCCAAAAAACCGACGCCAAGCAGUCGAGCCAGCAUUUGCUGCUUUCCGACAACGCAUUGGCUCACUCCAAUCCGCAGCUUGAGAUCUUCGCCGAUGACGUGAAGUGCACCCACGGGUCCACCACCGGCCAUCUGGACGAGGAAGCUGUCUUCUACCUCCGCUCCAGGGGCAUCAGCCAAGAAGCAGCUCGCAGUCUGCUCACCUAUGCCUUUGCUUGUGAGGUGCUGGAAGAGUUCCGCCUCGAGACGGUCCGCAAGGGUCUGGAGGAAUUCCUCUUCACCCGUCUACCUAAAGGCGAAAUCGUGCGCCAAGCGGUCUGA